CGUUCCGAACCGACUCUCCCUCUCUCUACCUCCUCCUCUCUCUCCCUCUCUAUAAUGGAGAAAGAAGACGUGAAGGAGCCGCUUCUUCUACCGGCGGCGGAGCGGAGCAGAGGCUCCGCCGUGUCUCUGACGUCAUCCGCCGCGUUAACGAUCGGAGAUGCCGACAUACCCCCGAUCUCCGGCGUCGGGGACUUCGUGAGAGAGUUCAACGUGGAGUCGAAGAAGCUGUGGUACCUUGCGGGGCCCGCAAUCUUCACGUCGCUGAGUCAGUACUCACUCGGCGCCAUAACUCAGGUCUUCGCCGGACACAUCAGCACCCUCUCCCUCGCCGCCGUCUCCGUUGAAAACUCCGUCAUCGCCGGCUUCUCCUUCGGCAUCAUGCUGGGAAUGGGAAGCGCGUUGGAAACGCUAUGUGGGCAAGCGUUUGGAGCGGGGAAGCUAUCGAUGCUCGGAGUUUAUCUGCAGCGUUCGUGGGUGAUCCUAAUCGUAACCGCUCUACUCCUCAGCCUCCUCUAUAUAUUCGCAACGCCGCUUCUCGCGUUCAUCGGACAAACGCAGAGCAUCUCCAAGGCGGCGGGGCUAUUCUCCAUCUACAUGAUCCCUCAGCUCUUCGCCUACGCCUUGAACUUCCCGACGGCGAAGUUCUUGCAAGCUCAGAGCAAGAUCAUGGUCAUGGCGGUUAUCUCCGCGGCGGCGCUUGUGCUGCACGCGCUCCUAAGCUGGGUCGCGGUGGUGAAUCUCCGGUGGGGACUGGAGGGACUGGCUGUGAUGCUGAACGCGUCGUGGUGGUUCAUCGUGGUGAUUCAGAUCGUUUACAUACUCGGUGGCACGUGCGGUGAGGCCUGGUCGGGAUUCUCUUGGGAAGCGUUCCACAACCUUUGGAGCUUUGUUAGGUUGUCUCUUGCUUCUGCCGUCAUGCUCUGUUUGGAGGUAUGGUAUUUCAUGGCACUCGUAUUAUUCGCUGGAUAUCUGAAGAAUGCUGAGGUCUCCGUUGCCGCAUUAUCCAUAUGCAUGAACAUCUUGGGAUGGGCCGCCAUGGUGGCUAUUGGCACCAACGCAGCCGUCAGUGUGAGGGUGUCAAACGAGCUAGGAGCCAACCAUCCAAGAACAGCGAAAUUCUCGCUAGUAGUGGCAGUGAUCUCGUCCACUAUGGUCGGAAUCCUGAUAUCGGCCGUACUCCUGCUCUUCCGGCAGCAAUAUCCGGUCCUUUUCACCGAGGACGAAGACGUACGAGUCGUCGUCAGAGAUCUAACGCCAAUGCUUGCCCUUAGCAUCGUCAUCAACAACGUCCAACCCGUCUUAUCCGGCGUGGCUGUGGGAGCAGGAUGGCAAGCAGUGGUGGCAUACGUGAACAUUGCAUGCUACUACUUGUUCGGAGUCCCCUUGGGACUGAUCUUGGGUUACAAACUCCAACUCGGUGUCAUGGGAAUCUGGAGCGGAAUGUUGAUGGGAACUGUUAUUCAAUCGAUUGUAAUAACAUGGAUGAUCUGUAAGACCAACUGGGACAAAGAGGCUCUAAUGGCUGAGGACAGGAUUAGAAAAUGGGGAGGGCAAUCGGAUUCAAGGGAGCACCUCUUGAACUAGAAUUUGUAGGGAGUUUUAUAUUAUAUCUCUGCCGAAUCCGGAAAUUUCGUUUUAUGGUUUUGUAAUGUUGGUCUUUUGCUUGUGAGGUUUUCUUUCGAAAUUUCAAUUGAUUUCGUUUCUCAGACUUA